UGGACAGUGUUCUCGAAGCUACCAGCAUGAGUUUGACCAAACUGCGGGAGGCAGUGGAAGACAGGAGUGCCUGACGUGCUGUGGUCCAAGGGGUCAUGAAGAGUUGGACACGACUAAACAACUAAACAACAACUGUUAAAGUGGUACCUUGGGUUACAUACGCUUCAGGUUACAUACGCUUCAGGUUAUAGACUCUGCUAACCCAGAAACAGUACCUUGGGUUAAGAACUUUGCUUCAGGAUGAGAACAGAAAUUGCGCUCCGGUGGCAGCAGGAGGCCCCAUUAGCUAAAGUGGUGCUUCAGAUUAAGAACAGUUUCAGGUUAAGAACGGACCUCCGGAACGAAUUAAGUACCUAACCCGAGGUACUGAAGGGGGACAGUUAGAAUGAAGGGGGACAGUUGGGGACAAGUACCACUGUAUUAUAUUUAUUUUACAGUUACAUGCAAUCAGAACAAAGCUCAAAAGCGGAGCAGCAGGCACCUUCUGGACACACACUCACCAACUGCAAUACAGGCAUGUUUUGAGUUAUUCACUUGAAAGUCAGUUGACCACAACAUGGACAUCAAACCCACCCAUCCACUCCAGCAAAGUGCAAAUUCCUCCUCCAUCUCUUCCUCCAAACUGCAUGCCCAUCCAGUGCAUACUUUACAGAUGGAUUAUCUGAUGCAGUCUCUCCCGAUCCUUUCCAUUCAUCCACUACGAGCAAAUGUUUCCUCAGGUUCGUGGCUGGGUUUAGCAGCAGCAUGCGUGUAAGAUUAGGUAAUCACAGGGUGCUCAGUCCUUAAGGCACGGUUUCUUAAGCAAUUUAGAUUUCAUGUAUCUCCUGCAUAUUUUUCUGAUCAUCCACGUGACGUUGUCCUCAUCCACCGCCCCCCGAUUUAAUUCAGAUUUUUCUGAUCUGCACAGAAUGUGUCGAAUAAAAAAAUAAACACAAGAUCACAUGCUAUCCAGCUGUGGACACAUUAGGUGGGCAUUGUGGUUCUUUAAUUGUGUGCCAGCACAUUAUAAAAUGGGCAGAGCUAAAAGGCUCUUUGGUUGGCAGCUUACACAGAAAAGACCGUGCUUGCCUCCCCUACACUUUCUAUCUCUAUGUUCAACCUCCGAACCCAGAAAUUCCCUGCGUGUGCCGCUCUAGCUUUCCCUGCGACAUCUAUGGUAAAGCCGCUGCGCUAUCGAGCGCAGAAACGGAGCAGUGAAGGGAAAGAGGAAGGCGGGCGCGACGCAUGCGCGGUGGGCGCUGUUUACUCCUCUCCGGCGUGCGCCCGAGGCGCGGCGGUUGGCGGCGGCGGUGACGUCUUUGGCAGGCGCCAGCCGAGGCGGGCAAGAAGCGAGAAGUGGGCGGAGCCUCGGGAGGGAGGAGUAAGGGAAGAGGGGAAAAAGAGACACGAAGCCGGAGAGGCCCGGCCGGGAUGCUCCUCGGCGGCGCCCAGAGACCAUGGCCCUCCGGAGGCCGCCGCCGCCGCCGCACCAAGACAACGGGAGGCGAGGUACGCGGGCCGCUCGGCCGGCGGGGGUGCGAGGCCCUCGGCCGACUUGACAGCCGGGCGCCUGAGGGGGGAAAGGGAGGCCUUCGCUCCGCUGAGGGGCGACGCGGCCCUGAGGGAGAAGGGGCGGGGCGGGGCGGAGGCCACGCCCCGUCCCCCUCGCUCAGGAGGCAGGAGCCAAUCGGAGGGGGUCGUUCCGGGGGUGGGCGGGGCGAAGGGUGACGCUUCCUCCGCUUUCUUCUCAGAAGUGUCAGGCAGAAGUCGAACAGGUGAAGCAACUGCGACUCCCGCCAUCUGGUUCCCUGUGUACUCUAUUUAUUUAUUUUUUUUGGGGGGUGGGAUUAUUCCAAAUAACUGCAGUGGGAGGCCCCUUGAAUGGGGGUGGGAGCAUAGCUGUCAACUUUCAGAUUUGAAAAUAAGGGAUCAGCAGCCUCGAAAAUAAGGGAUCAGCAGCAUAGGGGUCAACUUUCGGGUUUGAAAAUAAGGGAUCAGCAGCCUCACCUGUCCCGGAGACAGUCUACGGGAUAUAUAACAAUCCGGGAUAGCAGCGGGAAGCAGCGGGAAACGGCACUGAAAUAAGGGAAUUUCCUGCAAAAAAAAGGGAAGGUUGACAGCUAUAUGGGUGGGAGGAAGCUGCUCCCCCCCCCCCAGCAGUACUAAGGCAGGUGUGUGUUCAUACCAUUUCGCUUCCAGUGCAAAAGUGAAGUAGGUGGGCGGGCUUCCCUCAGGAGGGUUAGGACCCAUCUGCAGGGACACUACAGAGAAGGUGUCCUCUCUCUUUCUGAUAUGCUAUGCGCAUACUUUCACUUAACAAAAUUUUAAAAAGGUAAAGGGACCCCUGACCAUUAGGUCCAGUCGUGACCGACUCUGGGGUUGCGGCGCUCAUCUCGCUUUAUUAACCGAGGGAUCCGGCGUACAGCUUCCGGGUCAUGUGGCCAGCAUGACUAAGCCGCUUCUGGCGAACCAGAGCAGCGCACGGAAACGCCGUUUACCUUCCCGCCGGAGCGGUACCUAUUUAUCUACUUGCACUUUGACGUGCUUUCGAACUGCUAGGUUGGCAGGAGCAGGGACCGAGCAAUGGGAGCUCAACCCGUCGCGGGGAUUCGAACCGCGACCUUCUGAUCGGCAAGUCCUAGGCUCUGUGGUUAACCCACAGCGCCACCCGCGUCCCUUUAACAAAAUUUAGGUACCGUUUUAUUGGAAAACCUGUAAGCAGUUUACAAGAAGUGUUGGAAUAAAAGCAAAUAAAACAUUUACAAAUGAUUAAAAUUAGCAGUAAAGGAAAUUGAAACACAGCAGCUGCCUGGGUGAGGGCUGGAACGCUCUUGGUCUAAGAGCUAACCUAGAAGUGGGGAACCUUGAGCUCAGUAGCCAGGUGCAGCCGUUUCUACCUUUCAUUCAUUCACUUCAUUUAUUGGACUUAUUAGACACUUGUCGCCCAAAGGUCUCCAAGCAACUUGCAGCAAAAAAAGAAGAUAUACAAUAUAUAAUACUAUGGGACUUUCCCCAGGAUACACACCCUUCACCAGCCCUGCUUUGCAACCUCCUUUUUGUCUGGCUAGAAUGUGCUGCUAAACUCCGAUUGAGAGGGAUAUGCAUAGAAAAAGCUUUCUGUACAAAAGCAAAAUUAGGAUUCUUUGCUGCACCUACAUUUGCUUCUGGCCCCACCUACCACUGGUGUGCUGCCCUAGAAGCAUUGUGGCCCUCAUAAUGAAAAAUUCCACACCUAACUGAAUUAUUCCUUUUAGACAGAUAAGUUUUUAGCCAUCCUCCUGCAUGUAUGCAAUCCAUUUCACUGUUGCCUGUGCCACUGCGGGGCUUCUUUUGGGGGAGAAACAGUCCUUUAUUCCACUCAUACUUCUUCACUAAAGUCAUGUGUGUGCAAAACAGAGUUGUCUCGGCUACUGCCGUCCUUGGGAACCAGAGCACUGAGGACCUUCCAUUCCACUGUCAUGACACCUGUGCAAAUUAGCAAUAAGGAGGAUAGAGUGAAAGAGAAAGAAACCAGGGUCAAUUUUUAUUUAGACUGUGAGUCAAGUAGAAAGAAAUCCUUCUUCUGUUUGCUCGUCUUGCUUAUUUUGGGAUCAUUUCUGUCAAGUGGCAUGUAGCUUUCCAAGUUCCAGCAUUGUGUUCUGUAGAAACUGAGCACUCAUGAAAUUUCCUGCCAAAACAACCUUCUGCAUGUGGCUGGAAACGCAGAAGAGUUACACACUGCAUACCAAAGUUUUUAAGGCACUGUUGCAAACUGCAGGGGGUUGUGUAAUUGGGGUGUGUGUGUGUGUGAGGGUUUUUGGUGCCCUCCUUUUGGGUCAUUUGUUGUCUUGCAAAACUAUCCAGAGUGACAAGUUGCCUUGCCAAGUUAGAGCCCUUCAAAUCAGCUCCCAUCUGAAUUCUAAGAGUGGGUGUUAAGGAUGCAAAUUGCACAAACAGAGUCUUAUGAAAGAGGCUUUUAAAUGCAAACUGGUCAUGCUUCCACAUAUUUGGCUCCCUGAGGUUGUUGCUGCUCCUCACCCCCCACUGUCCUUCUUGCACUGGAGAAGUAUAUGAACAUAAAACAAAGCAGCUGAUUAUCACCAGCUUUUUCUGGUGGCUCUGAUCCAGAUGUGUAGCAGUGUUCACAAUGAAACUGCAAAAGGUUUAGAUCUUUGGGAGCUUGUUGUAUUGUGCUCAAUGCAUUUAGCCAGCUGCUAUGCAUAACAGUCAGAUAUCCUUAAAAGGUUAUACUGGAUCACGUGCUUGCUUUGUGCUUGCCUUAUUACUGCUGGCAGGGACACGGGUGGUGCUGUGGGUUAAACCACAGAGCCUAGGACUUGCCGAUCAGAAGGUCGCGGUUCGAAUCCCCGUGACGGGGUGAGCUCCCGUUGCUUGGUCCCUGCUCCUGCCAACCUAGCAGUUCGAAAGCACGUCAAAGUGCAAGUAGAUAAAUAGGUACUGCUCUGGCGGGAAGGUCAACGGUGUUUCCGUGUGCUGCUCUGGUUUGCCAGAAGUGGCUUGGUCAUUCUGGCCACAUGACCCGGAAGCUGUACGCCGGCUCCCUCGGCCAGUAAAGCGAGAUGAGCGCCGCAACCCCAGAGUCGGCCACGACUGGACCUAAUGGUCAGGGGUCCCUUUAGCCUUUACCUAUUACUGCUGGCAGCCCAGCCAGAUGGGUGGUGUAUAAAUAAUAAAAUUAUUAUUAACCUUUGCAUUAAAAACAAAUUGGCUAGUUUUUAGCAACAGUCAAGUACCAAGUGCUACUGAUGCAAGUGUUGCUUAGUUUGUGAUUCAUUGGAAUGAGGUUACGUGCCUAUGUUGGUGUGAAGAAAGCUUUCUGUGAUGCAACACUUUCUGAUGUGAUUCUGUUGAGAUGGAGAGUGUCGCAGUGACUGACGGUCAGAUCUUUUGAGUGUGCAAUGCCAAAUUGUGUACAAUACUAAACUGAAAGGAAAAAAGUGUCCUAUGUGGCAAUUGAGCAGUUCUGUCUUUCAGAGCAUUAAGCUAAAGAUUCCAUAAAUGAAACAGCAGAGUGUCAGCCAAGAGGUGACAAAGUUACUAGCCUGCGACAUUUGCAUUGGCCCAUCUGAUGUUUGUUGUGUCACCAUUGCCUUUCGGUCAACUAUUUGGUUUCUUCUUAAACAAGUUUAUUAACUACACUGUAGAAAACACCCUGUGAUUUGGUGGGUUGGCCAGUGUGAUCUAGCGCCCCACUUUUCCCAUCUUGUAAAUAAAUUACUGUCCCCUUUUGAGGCCACAAUCAUUAGCAGGCGAAACUGCUGUUAAGGCUGGUUUGAAUUUGAUUUUUGUUUCUCUUGCAGACUGUGAUUCCAAGAAAAAAAGGAAAGAAGCAGACAUCUACCAGGCCCUGAGCAGCGAGCCUGUGGAUGUUGCUGCACUCAGGCGCAUGGCUAUCAGCGAAGGGGGGCUUCUGAUGGAUGAGAUCCGCUGCAGGGUGUGGCCAAAGCUGCUUAAUGUGAACACAGAGGACCUGCCACCUCCGCCAGGUGAAGCCACAUAACUCUUGCAAUCUGGGGAAAGACUCUGGGAACCUUUGAGCUUGAGUGUGGGGUUAAUUACUCAAAGCACAGUUUGCAUUUUGGUUUUACAGUAUUUUUUUUUUUUUAUGUAAUUGGAGAGCUCUCUUCCAUUAACAUGGCUUUUAGUAUUCACACAGAGUUGUUCCGUGGCUUCACCCUCUUGCAUAUUUAAUGCUAUUAAAAAGCAGAUCCAGGAAUGGUUUAGAAUAAAAAUAAAUAAAUCCAGGAGUCCAGUAAAACUCCUUUUAGCUGCAGCCCCCACAAAUGGCAGCAAAUCCAUUUGGAAGUGCAGCUGGUGGUGUCUGGUGCAAUUAGCAGGUGAAGAGAAGCCUGUUCAGAUGGCAUUGCAAUAUGUGCUACCCUUAAGACUGAUGUUUCCCUGGUGCUCAGAACCUGUGUUGUUAGUGUCCCAUUGCAUAGAUCAAACCAUGUUUUGAACAGUGAUGAGUACUUGUUAAUAGGUAUUCAGUUUCAGUUUUUAUGGCUGUAUUAAACACACUUCCCUCCUUAGUUCCUUGGGGCUGGUCCUCCUUUUGUGACUGCUGUGGAUUUGUGACACUCUUCUAUCCCUCCUAGGUGAGGAACUCCGGGAGGACAACAAAGAUUACCAGCAAGUGUUGCUGGAUGUGAGGCGAUCUCUCCGGCGCUUUCCUCCAGGUACAAGAAGCACUCUCUCUGCUUCCAGCUGUGGGGUCUCUGCAGAAAUCCCUUGGGUUGAAAGUAGAGAUGACAGAGAAUUUCAUUUGGCCUGCAUUUCUAGUGAAAUGACCUAAUUUACACCUCCCACACUCAUACGCAGAUUAAAAUACAAUCAUCCUUUGGGAUUUCACACUUCUCUGAUUUUCUUGGCUCAGAAAAGAAGUGUUUAUGAAAUGUAUGCACUGACAUAGUAUUUUGCAGCAAAACGUACAUUGAAAUAUUAAUUUAGUUAUGAAUUUCCACACAUAUUUUGCUUUAAUAAAUUCACAGAUAAGUGUGGAAAUGGGACAGAACAGACUUAAGAAUAAAUGCAUGGAAAGUUGGCAUGAGCUGGGAAUAGACUGAACCAUCUACCCCUAGUAGAAAACCAUGAUGCCUGAACUAGUUUAAGCUGAUAGCUUAGACAUGCUGCUUGCGAUAUUGUUGCCCUAGCAACACCCCAGUGGCCCAGAAUAAGUGAGUCUUGAGGGAGGUCCUCUGUUUCUUUAUCUGCGCUUGUGUUUUCACUCCCCACCAAUGGGUGAUGCUGCUGUAUGCUUCAUUUAGCUGUUGCUUGCCUCAGACCAUGGUAUUCCUCAGCCUGAAGUGAAAGAGCUGGUGACUCUUAAUGUGCUAAGCCAAGUCACUUUGCCAGCAGAUCCAGUUCAGAGAGAACUUCUCCGUGCAGAGGAAAAUGCAGCUUCCUCUUCUGUUUGCCACUGGCAAUCCUGCUGUAUUUCAUUGUGCAGGAAAGGGUCCUGUGUACUACCAGAGGGUGCUCAUGUUUGCAGAAUAUCAACCCAGUAUAUUUGUAGCUGAAAAGUUUGGAGCCUGACUGCACAAGUGUAAACUACUCCCUUCUCUUGCACUGGAACAAAUAGCCAAUUGAAGGGUGUUGCGUUUUAAACUGUCUCAAGCCAGCUAAAAAGAUGAAAAUAUGACCUUGCCUUGUGCCAAGUAAUGUCAUAGGUCCAUCUAGCCUAGGUUCUGACUGUCUUUGGCGGCAGCUCUUCAAGGUCACAGCAGGAUCUUUUUCCUCCAAGUCCUGCUGCCGCCUAAGUUCCUGAAGAUGCAGCUGAAGGAACGAAAUACUGAAUCUCCCUCUGAGCACCAGUGAUAUUUUGAUAUUUAAUGAAGCUGCGAGACUUGUGAUUAAAAUAAGAGAUAAAUUGCCUGGGAAAUUAUCAGAUUUAUUGCUUGAACCAAGGGAUGCCCACCUUCAGAUAGAGAUGCUGUAAAACUACUAUUACCAAGUUUUCUUGCAGGGAUACAGUGACUGGUUAACUGCUUUAUGCUUGUAGUGCAGACUUACUGAGCUUCUGCUAUUGAGUUUGGCCAUGCGGGACUGCACACUGUAUGCACAAGAAAGUAAUGGGGCUGAGGAGGUAAUUAACCCCCAUUGUUAAAUCCAGGAAUCCCUUAAUGAUUCUGCCUUUGGAUCUAUGUGUCUUCAGCUGGCAGGAGACAAGAGAGACAGGCAGCUGAAGUAACUCGUGUCACUGGGACGCAGGAUGUUGUCCGGUGGAUGUUCUCAGCUGCCAACUCUCCGAACCCUUCUUUUUGCUCUCCCUGCAGGGAUGCCAGAUGAGCAGAGGGAGGGGCUGCAGGAAGAGCUGAUUGACAGCAUCCUGCAGGUCUUGCAGCGCAACCCACAGCUUCACUACUACCAAGGCUACCACGACAUCGUGGUCACGUUUCUGCUUGUGGUUGGAGAGAGACUGGCAACGGCCCUCGUGGAAAAGCUUUCAACCCAUCACCUCAGGUACUCUUGUCUGCGUUAGAGAGCACCCCUGGCUGCGGAGCCGGAAAGGAGUCAUGGAGUGGGCUCCCGGGUUGCUGCGCAGUGGCGAAUUCACAUGGCGACCCACCUGGGUUCCAGGAAUAGGUUAGCGGUGGCUGUUAGGUCCCUGCCGCAGAAUGGUGCCUCUGCCUUUAACAAGGAGUGAGCCAGGAAGAAAAGUCCACACAGUGAAAACGAGGGUGCUCAAGUUGCUCCUUACCUUGGAACCCCCAAAUUUCCAACUUUCUCUCUCUGAGCCAGGGGUCAGCAACCUUUUUCAGACCUUGGGUGGGGGGGUCGGACUAUAUUUUGAAAAGGGAAAAAAAGAAGGAAUUCCUGUGCCCCACAAAUAACCCAGAGAUGCAUUUUAAAUGAAAGGACACAUUCUACUCAUGUAAAAACACACUGAUUCCCGGACUGUCUGCGAGCCGGAUUGAGAAGGCGAUUGGGCUGCAUCCGGCCCAUGGGCCUUAGUUUGCCUACCCCUGCGGGAUUUACAUAGGAAGCUCCCUUAUAUUGAGUCAGACCAUAGGUCUACCUAGCGUGGUGAAUGCUCUCUAUGCUUUCAGGCAGGGAACAUGCCCAGCCUUAUCCGCAAAUGCCAGGAAUUGAACCUGGGACUUUUUUGCAUGCAAAACAUGUUCUGUAACGCUAAGCUCUGGCCCUUGCCAUUAAGUGUCUUUCCUGCCACAGUGGGUCCUAAAGCCUUUGUACUGUGCAUCAGCCUCCCGCUAAGGGAGCUGGGGUUGGUUCUUGAGUGGAGCUGCCUAGUGCCUGUCUUCCUUUCCACUUCCCGUUGUUUGGGUUUGCAGCCUCCCAGUGAGGGUUAAACGUCCCCUACCUCCUGACUGUUAGCUUGCUCAGUUGGAGGAGGGACAUGCAGGUCCUUCUGGAGAGGGAAGUCUAAUCCCCCCACCCUCUUUGAACCACAUUCUCUGCAUGUCACCCAAGCUUAUUAAAAAAUUAAAGGGCGGGUUUCAACAUUGUGCUAUUACACACGUUCCAUCUGUGCAAGCGUAUUAGGUUGCCAGAUGGAAUGACUCCCCCUUCCCCCCGUUCUGGGGUUUCUGCCACCCACUCCAGGGCCAAAGGUAGGGUGGGCAAGGAGAAGGAAGCCCCACUGUGCAAGCGAAAGCCCUUACAGAGGGUUUCCACUGAUGGGUUUGUUGGGUGAAUCUCACCCAGAGAUUCAACACCUCCUUCCUGCACUUCCACUGGGCGUCUGUAAUAGAGAUGGUUGAAACCCAAGUCCUUUGCUAUAGACAUUGCACCCUUCCUAGGACUGUGCUACCUAAAGUUCCCAGGAACUAUUCUGCCCAGGAAUCAACAUUGUGUUGCUUUUGCUGUUGCUUCUUGAUGUAGAUUAGAAAACGUUCUGCUGCACUUUGAUAAGGCGGUAGUAGCUCUGCCCAACUCAAUGAAAAAGCGCAGUGGGGAAGGGACUGGAGAGCAGACUGGAUGGAUUAAAAUCUUCUGGGUAGAAGUAAGAGGACAUAAUCUAAUCUGAUCUUAUUGUAACUGCAAUAGAAACAGAGUUGCAAUACGCACAAUAGAACAGUCUUAAAAGAGGACAAAGAAAAAAUGUAUUUCACUGCACUGUGGGAUGGCAGGCUGCUGAAUGCCUGAUGCUUUGCUGCUGCUCUUUCCCAAUUUCCAUCCAUUGUUAUCUUGUUUGCAAUGGGAGGGACUGGGCAGCUGUGAGAGUUAAAUAUUCCAGUCGCAAACAAAGCCAGGCCAGCCUCCUGCAGAGAAAUCACUUUCACACCCUUUCUAAAUACUAACUAGAAAUUGAGGCAAAGGUUGAAGCAGUGUGUUAAAUCUACAGACCUUGCUGGGAGAGAGGGUUGUUUCCCCCAGAUUCUUUUCAGGACCAGCCCUUGCCAGGCUUUCCUGAAGCUAGCUUUUGCAGAAACGUUAGUGGCUAGUGGCAAUGGCCAGUUUCUAGACCCACAGUCUGCUUUCAGUCUGUGUCGAAGCAAUUGUGGCAUUCACAGUGCACUAAGCCCCUUGUGAACAUAGUUUUCUCAAGAACAUAAAGUGUGUUGUUGUUUUCCAAAAGCAAGCCAUGACUUUGGACCCAUGCCUUCAGGGUUUCUGCAUGUUUUUCUGCUGGAGUCCUGGUGACUUUCCUUUUCUGAAAUAAAAAAAUUGGACCUGCAUGGUCCCUUGUGGUUCUCUGUUGCAACAGCCUCUCUUGUGUUCAAGUUUGUACACUUGCCAGCCGCUUACUGUGAGUGAGCCUCUGGUUGUUGGAACCAGAAAGUAUCCCAUCUCCUAUUCCCACUUCCCGGGGCAUUUGGGUAUCUCUUGGCUUCUGGUCUGUUUUGCAACAUUGGCUGUCUGUGAUAAACAAGAGAGCAUUUGCUUCACACUGCCUCAUGCCUUGGCUGACCAGACUUGCUUUGCCUGGCAGGGAUUUUAUGGACCCGACAAUGGACAACACCAAGCACAUCUUAAACUACCUGAUGCCCAUUAUAGACCAGGUGAAUCCAGAAUUGCACGACUUCAUGCAGAGGUAGGUGGAAUUGCUGCACAUUCCUUUUUAAUAUAUAUAUAUAUAUAUAUAUAUAUAUAUAUAUAUAUAAUGCAUGCAAUUGAAGGUUAACUCUAGGAAGUCCUCCCUUACUGCUGCCUAGCAUGACUGAGCAGUGACUUUUUCAGCGUCCCUCUCAAGAAGCAAAACUUGGAGAAUUUGGUGAUGCAGUUAGUGGCUUCUAGGCCUUCAGUGUCCAUAUUCUUUGGUAUGCUCUGAGAAGUAGAAUUGGAAGCGACCUUAAGGUGGGACAUCCAAAAGCAUUUCUGACCGGCAGACACCUGUUCAGUCUUGGCAACCUCCAAGGAAGAAGAUGUCACAAGCUUCUUUUGAUAGCUUGUCCCUUCCUGAAUUGCUGCUGAAUCCCAUGCCAUAUCAUGAGGAGAACAGCCAUCCCAGCUGCAACUUGCAACCUGGGGGGAAGGGGGUUGAGCAAAUGGGAUGCUUUACCUUGACCCUUUUGUUUCUUUGUUCCUCUUCCUUUUUUGCACAGAGCUGAAGUGGGGACCAUUUUUGCUCUCAGCUGGCUGAUCACCUGGUUUGGACACGUGCUGUCUGACUUCAGACACGUUGUGCGGUUGUAUGACUUCUUCCUGGCAUGCCAUCCGCUAAUGCCAAUCUACUUUGCAGCAGUGGUAGGUGUCGCUCACUUCAGCAGUGGAACAUGAACCAAACCAGGCUGUGCUUUUUGCUUCCCGCCCCCUUUAAAAUGAUUUAAGGUGCACAGAGCUGCAAGAGACAGUUUUGCUGCUUAGUGGCUGCUUUGCCUUCAGCACAGAGUUCCAGUUGCAAACCUUCCAUCAAGAUAACAAGCUUGAGUCUGUAGCAGAGAGUAUCUGAUUCUCCUCCUUCCGUUAAGCUAUAAUAAUAAUAAUUUCUUAUUUAUACCCCGCCCAUCUGGCUGAGUUUCCCCAGCCACUCUGGGCGGCUCCCAUUCGAGUGUUAAAAACAAUACAGCAUUAAAUAUUAAAAACUUCCCUAAACAGGGCUGCCUUCAGAUGUCUUUUAAAGAUAGGAUAGCUGCUUAUUUCCUUCACAUCUGAAGGGAGGGUUUUCCACAGGGUGGGCGCCACUACCAAGAAGGCCCUCUGUCUGGUUCCCUGUAACCUCACUUCUCGCAGCGAUGGAACCACCAGAAGGCCCUAGGCGCUGGAUCUCAGUGUCCGGGCUGAACGAUGGGGGUGGAGAUGCUCCUUCAGAUAUACUGGGCCGAGGCCAUUUAGGGCUUUCAAGGUCAGCACCAACACUUUGAAUUGUGCCUGGAAACAUACUGGGAGAGAAUGAAGAUCUCUCAGGACCGGUGUUAUAUGGUCCCGGCGGCCACUCCCAGUCACCAGUCUAGCUGCUGCAUUCUGGAUUAAUUUCAGUUUCCAGGUCACCUUCAAAGGUAGCCCCACAUAGAGUGCAUUGCAGUAGUCCAAGCGGGAGAUAACUAGAAACAUAUUAUUAUUACACUCUGUCACAAGAGACCAGGGCCCUGCAGGACUUGACAUCUUUCCGCAGGGCCUGCAAGACAGAGCUGUUCCACCAAGCCUUUGGCCAGGGCACAGCCUGACUCCCUCCCUCGGCAAUCUUCGCGGAGCUCUGGCCCAAUGGUUGCCAGUGGCUUGAAUUAAUUAAUUUUAUAAUGAAUGAUUUUAGAGUGUUGUUUGUGCUGUACUUUUGUACUGUUUUAUUGUUGUUAGCCGCCCUGAGCCCGGCUUUGGCUGGGGAGGGCGGGAUAUAAAUAAAAUUUAUUAUUAUUAUUAUUAUUAUUAUUGUUAUUGUUAUUGUUAUUGUUAUUAUUGUUAUUACCAUCAUCAUCAUCAGUUUUGCUGUGCUUGGGCAGAGAAGUGCAGAGGAGUUUCACAGAAAAUGUUGCCAGCAGUCCAUACCAUAGGGAUGGGAAAUACAGUGGUGCCCCGCAAGACGAAUGCCUCGCAAGACGGAAAACCCGCUGGACGAAAGGGUUUUCCGUUUUUGAGUUGCUUCGCAGGACGAAUUUCCCUAUGGGCUUGCUUCGCAAGACGAAAAUGUCUUGCGAGUCUUGAGAUUUUUUUUUCGCUCCCCCCCCCCUUUAUCUAAGCUGCUAAGCCUUUAAUAGCCUUUUAGCAGCUAAGCCGAUAAGCCGAUAAGCCUUUAAUAGCCGCUAAACCGCUAAUAGCGCUAAUCCAUUAAGCCGCUAAUAGGGUUGCUUCGCCAGAUGAAAAAACCGCUAGACGAAGACACUCGCGGAACGGAUUAAUUUUGUCUUGCGAGGCACCACUGUAUUCUGCAUGUUGGAGAGCAAGGCUGCUGUUUGUCAGAGGACAAUGGAUCAUUACUUGGGACCUAUCCAUAAAGUCAAGGGUGAGCUGCUGCUGCUGCUGCUGCUGUGGAACCAUGCAUGCUUGUGCUCUCUCUCUCUUUAUCCUAGCAGCUCUCACAUGCAGCAGCAGCACAAGGGCUGCAUCUGGUGGUCUGGAGGAAAUUUUGACUUGCCACAGUUCGUGGAAUCAUAUAAUUUUUAGGGUUGGAAGAGACCCCCAAGGGGCAUCUAGUCCAACUCCCUGCAAUGCAGCAAAAUUGUAAGGGAGACACAUGGACUGCAUGUCACUUGCUACUUCCAAAGAAACCAAACUACAAACUGGGGCAUACCCAAAGGGUUUAGAGUGGAACCCUCCUUGCAGCUGCUUUGGCAGGGACCUGUUCCCUUUUUUAAAAAAAAAAUAAUUGGAAUUUUAUUUACAACGUAACAUAAACCCCCCGCCUCCCCAAUACAGAAAUCCACCCUCAUUAAACGUGAACAUAACAUGCAAUGAGCAUAACAUACAACAAUACAAACAACAAAAUAAAAGACUUCCUUUAUCCUGUAUCUGGCCUCCUUAUUUACUUCUUAUAAGCUGUUUCCUUUAUGAAUAAUUAUUAAUAUUUUUCUAAUUAUAACUUAAAUAUCCACAAAGUCUCCUGCAGACAUUAAUCGAAACAAGUCCAGGUAUGUAUUUUAGGGCACUGUUUUGUGAAGUAUUCUCUGCAUUUCCCCCAUGCUCUUUGAAACUCUUGUCACACGAGAUCACAGGUGGCAGGGACCUUUUGAACCCUUGGUGACGGUAGCCCUGUGACAGGGAAGUGUUGGCGCCGUGCGCCACCUAAGCUGAGUAAUAAUAAUAAUAAUUUUUAUUUAUACCCCACCCUCCCCAGCCAAGGCUGGGCUCAGGGCGGCUAACAAGCAAUAAUAAAAACAAGUUGAAUGAAUACAACUUAAAAACAAGAUUAAAAUACAACAUUAAAUAUUGAAACAUUAAAAUAUUAAAAUGCAGCCUCAUCACAGGAGGAGAAAGGAAAAAGAAAGAGGGGGAGGGAAUCAAAUUGACUCCAAGCCAAAGGCCAGGCGGAACAACUCUGUCUUACAGGCCCUGCGGAAAGGAAUCAGAUCCUGCAGGGCCCUGGUCUCAUGAGACAGAGCGUUUCACCAGGCCGGAGCCAGUGUUGAAAAGGCCUUGGCUCUGGUUGAAGCUAAUCUAACUUCCUUAGGGCCCGGGACCUCUAGGGUGUUGCUAUUUAAGGACCUUGAGGCUCUCCGUGGGGCAUACCGGGAGAGGCGGUCCCGUAGGUACGAGGGUCCUAGGCCGUGAAGGGCUUUAAAGGUCAAAAGCAGCACCUUAAAUCUGACCCUGUACUCCACCGGCAGCCAGUGCAGCUGGAAAAGCACUGGGUGAAUAUGCUCCCAUGGCAGAGACCCCGUGAGGAGCCUCGCUUCAGCAUUCUGCACCCAUUGGAGUUUCUGGGACAGCUUCAAGGGCAGCCCCGCAUAGAGCGAAUUACAGUAGUCAAGCCUGGAGGUGACCGUCGCAUGAAUCACUGAGUUGCUGCUUGCUUCUCUGCAGAUCGUGCUCCAUCGCGCACCGGAGGUUCUCGCCUGUGAGUGUGACAUGGCCUCCGUCCACCAUCUUUUAUCGCAGAUCCCACAAGACCUUCCGUACGAGACCCUGAUCAGUCGAGCUGGAGACCUCUUCGUUCAGUUUCCACCAUCGGAACUUGCCCGGGAGGCUGCUCAGCAGCAAGCCGAAAGGUGGGUAAUGACAGACUUUAGUUGGGGCGUUAGUGGAGAUGUAGCGUUAGUGGAGAUGGGGUCGUUUGUCCACCUUGGGUCCCCACCAUGCGCUCCGCUCUCACAUGAGGCUCCUAGAAGCUGUCAGGAUGUGACAGCAGCCACACCCCGGGAACGGCUUUGACUGGCCGGCUAAACCAGGUGAGGGUAGCGGAUGGAUCUCAAACCCUCAGUGAGUUAGGGACUUCCCCUGCAUGUGAAGACAGGCUCUGGUGGAUUGGGCGAGACCAGUAGUGGGUCCAGCAGUCAAAAAGGCAGUUUCUGCACAUCCUGGCCACACUACCAGCAGUACUGAGGAAUUCAGAAAGAAGCAGAGAUUUCUCCUCCAUGUGCCAAAAAGGCAACCCACUCUCUGCCUUUAAAACUUCAGUUUGAGAAAAGUAGCUUGCCCUUUCAGCAGUUGAGUUUUCACUCCGUAGCUGCUUAUGUCGUCUCCUGCAGCAGAAAAAAAGGAGCAAGAAACCCAAACAGCAGCCCUGAAAGAUAAAGAGCGCGUGAGAGCUCCACUAUCCUCUUCUGAGCAUCUCAAAUAUCGGUUGUCCCUUUUGCCUGUUGUGUAAGAUAAGGUCACUCAAGGUUUCUACAAGUGCUGUCUCCUGGCUCUGAUAACAGCUGCAGGCCGGUUUGAUCGCCUGCUGGCCAUGGGUCUCAGAUGUUGCCUGUGUAGACAGAAUGGGGCUGGCUGCUUGUUUCUAGGUGUCCAUGUGAGUUCAGCAAGCAAGGUCAUUUCAGGAGUUCAGGCAACUCUGAUCUGCUCUUCCAUUCCCUCGUCUGAGGUGGACUGAUCCCAAGGAAGUGAGCUUCCUGCCCAUAUCCUUUUAAGAGAACCAAACUUGAGAAUUUUAACUUGUGUUAAAGUUGCUAGUUUCCAAGAUCCGGAAAACAAAACUUAACUUCGGGGGUGCUUUCCACAUUUAUUGUGAUACCCUGAACCAGUGUGGUGUAGUGGUUAAGAACGGUAGACUCGUAAUCUGGGGAACCAGGUUCGUGUCUCCGCUCCUCCACAUGCAGCUGCUGGGUGACCUUGGGCCAGUCACACUUCUCUGAAGUCUCUCAGCCCCACUCACCUCACAGAGUGUUUGUUGUGGAGGAGGAAGAGAAAGGAGAAUGUUAGCUGCUUUGAGACUCCUUCGUGCAGUGAUAAAGCAGGAUAUCAAAUCCAAACUCCUCCUUCUCCACAGCAGGAGAACCAUAUCCUGCCUGGCUGGCUGCCUGGAAUGACAUGCCCUGCGUCUGUUUUCUUCUCCCCCUACAGGACGGCUGCUUCCACCUUCAAAGACUUUGAGCUGGCUUCGGCCCAGCAGCGGCCCGACACGGUUCUCCGGCAGCGCUUCAGGGAGCGGCUCCGCGCGGAGGAGCGGGCAAAGUUGCUCUUGGCAACGAAACCAAGGACCAACCGCUUUGUCAAGCUGGCAGUCAUGGGGCUGACGGUGGCGCUGGGCGCGGCAGCUUUGGCUGUGGUGAAGAGCGCGCUCGAGUGGGCACCCAAAUUCGAACUCCAGAUAUUCCCCUGAGAGUCGAGGAGGAAGUUCCCAGCUUACCGUGUCCUGCUUGGUGCACCAGGCAUAGGCAGCCAUGUCUGCAGAAGGCAAAUUGGGUUUUUGAAGCCCCUGCUCUCUUUCCUGGCCCCCUCCUGCAACCUGCCUUACUAAUUCAAGCCACCCAGGCCUGGACCUGCAGUCAUCCUGUUCUCACCUCCUCUUCGUCAUCCUCCCUGAGCAGCCAGAGCCUCUGGGGAACCUUUUCCUUUCGGAACAAGGGAAGUGGCUGCCUUGGCUGCUACAAGGCUAAAGAACCUCAUUUUUUGCUGUGCUUCCUGCCCUGUUCGUGGGCCUGUGGCCUGUGUAGCGCUUGAGAGAAGUUCCAUUCUUCCCUCCUGGUGUUUGGCAAAAUGGGAGAGAAGGAAACAGAAGAAUAUUUUCAGGGACGGUGCUGGUUCUGCAAUAUUAACUGAGAUGGGGUGAGGGGAGAUGAGUCUGGGCCCAACCGUUCAGAGGUGUCCUCCCCUCCUUUCCCUCUCACCUAUUUAGUUGCCUGCAUUCCUAGAUGUGGAAGUGAAGAGGCAGUUUCCGACAAGUCAAAACACUGGGAAUCUGCUUGUUUUGGCUUUUGAGGUUUGCAGCAGAUUGACUCACGUUAUCUCUCUUGACUGCGAAGCCUGCAGCAGGAGUUGCAAGCAUAUGAACAUGUUUCAUCUUGGAGACCGUGUAGCUGUCACCCAGCCACCCACAGCACAGCUAUUUCUCUCAGCCAGGCCCGAGUAGGAAAUUCUGCAUCUGGCGCAUGAGGAGUUACUCCUUGGAACAUGGUCCAUUAUGGCUUUCAGAGUUAUUUCUGUUGCUGCCAUCUUGCAAAAUCAAUAGCAGCAGUUUCCGUUAAUGAUCUUUCCGUUAAGGGAGAGAUCUUCCUGUUGUGAAAUUUCGCCCUGUUGCAGGACCAACGUAGUUGAUGUGGAAAGAAAAGUGCUUUAAAAGAUCUGUGCCACUAACAGAAAUAGACGUAUUGUCAUGCACGAAGGGUUUUCCAGAAACUGUCCACUCAAUCCAAAGUCCCAGGCACUCCAUCGAUAAACCCCCAUGCACCUCUACCUCCUUCCUCUGCUAAUAAACCCUCACAAGUGUCCUUACCUAAUUUACACAGCUGAGUCCUUUUUCCCUGAUGGCAAUUAUGUAUUCAGUCACCUGUAAAACUACCUUCUCAGUCGGCCAAGCAUUACUGUGGAGGGCGAAGGAAAGUCAAAACCAAGGACCCAACUGCUUGGUCAAACUGGCAGCCCUGAGGCUGAUGGUAAUGCUGCGUUCGCCAACUUUGUCGCAUUGGAGCGGACAGCAGAGCACUUGGGACCUGCGGCCUUUUGCGAUCUGCUGCAAUGAACUCAUUCCAACAGCGACGGAAGCCCAAGUUGCUCCCUCUACCCUGGAAGAUGAGCAGACUUGGCCAUUCAAAAGGAGCAGCUCCCAGAGGACGCCACAGUGCCUGGAGCCCUUAACGACACGGUAGCAAGGCCUAGAGCUAACCAGUGCAUGCAUUUGUUUUGCUUUUAAGAGUGCUGGAUUCUGCUGUGCAUUGGGAUUUGCAGUCACCGGAAAGACAGGGGGCAGAAAAACAGAGAGACCUCCUUUUCCCUGGUUUGCCUGCUGGGAAUAUCUUCUCACCAAGCCAAGAACUGACCCCGGAAGGACACAUUGCUGCCUCUCUAUUUGGAAUGUGCUUCCUGCAACCAAGUCAUUCAGCUAUUGGUGUCUUUUGGGGGGAGCUUUUCUUCUCCAGUGGGGCAGUGCCGUUUAGCUUUGGUGGGAGGCAGAUCAACCUGCCACCCAUUGGUUGUGGGCCUUGUGGUAUCAGGAAGCCGUGGGCGUGGGGAUACCAGCAUGUCCCACGAGCAACAGUGAAAAGCAGGGAGGUGAAAGUGGCAUCUUAGUCCCCGGUACCCAAUGCAGUGCUCUCCAGAUGUUAAACUACAGCUCCCAUCAUCCCUGAGGAAGUUGGGAGUGCAAUACCUGAAAUAUCCACAUUGGCCACGCCUUUCUCAAGUGGCCACAGUGUGGAUCGUAGCGUUCCUCUGGAAGAGCAGGGGCUUGAAUGAUUGACACCUGCCGCAAGGGCUGGGGCUUUUCGUUACCGGAUGGUGUGGGAUGGAAGAAACACGUGAAGCAUUAUUUUACUAAGCACUUUAUGAAAAUCAAGGCUAAAAGAGGAAGACUUAGAAGGAGGCCUAACUAUCCCUUGUGGGUUUUCUUCUUGCCUUAGCAGAAAAUGGUUUCCUAGCAGGUUCAGACACUUUCCAUUUGAGGUAUAUAUGAGACCUAUGGAAGCUGCAUCUGCAGCCUGACCGAGGCUGGAUGCAGCCUUGGCCUGAAGCUAUUCCAUGUUAUUCAGGCAGCAGAAUGCAGAAAAAGGUUUAAGACAGACACCCUCUUCCCUCUGCUCCUUGUGGCAAUGAUGGGCUGACUUCUGGUUUAUUAAAAUGGAAGAGUCAUUUCCUCCCUCACAAGAUCUACCACCAGAUAUAGAUAUGUAUUAAAACCUCCAAAUUUCAGCAGGUCUAGAAUCUGCGGAAACGAAACUUCGUGCAGCGGUGGCGAGGGGAAGCUUUGUUUCAUGAUCAGCAUUCACCAGCUUUUUAAGCUGAAAGCACACAAAACCAGCUGAUUACAAUUAGCGGAAUCUGCUAGUAAAGUGAGACUGCAGGAUUUCAGGUUUGAAUGCUCUCAUAUGCGAGAUAAUAUUCUCUGUGUGUUGAAAACUAGCCUGUUGGGGAAAGGGUUCAGCCUAGUUUCUUUCCCCGCCCCCAUGUGUUUUUUUUCUGCCUGCGGGGAGGACAUCACCACCGCCUGAAGCCUGGAGUGAUAACUGUAAGGCAAGCUUUGCCAUUGAUUUAGCUGAAAGUAUAAACUGACCCUUAUUAUCCCACAGGGAAGAGCAGUACAAGUGAGCGCAAACAUUUUGCUCUCCAUUGACUGCAAUGAAGGGAGAAGCUCAUGCAUCAAGAAUAAACCACAUGGAAGACCAUCGUGUGUGAAGCCAUGGGAGGUGGGACUAAACUGUUAUCUCCAUCCUUUUAGCUGUGCAGAGACAAGAGUUAAGCCCCAGGCUGUCUCUUCCCUCUGCUGUUCAUUGCUGCAGGCUGGUGAAUUUGACAGCCACAUAACUCUGCCUUUGUGUCUCCUGCAAAGUCGCUGACUCUGCUUGCGGUAACUGUUGGAACUCGUGCCGAAGCAGGUGGCCACCAUGAAUGCAUUUGGUGACACGCUACAGUUUUGCCAGGUUCCCUAAAGCAGAUUGUCCCUUGGACUUUGGGGACUGAACCAUUACUGUAGCCUGCCUGCUAACACUAGGAAACCACUGAGCAGCCUGUUGCAUUUUGCAACUAGCCAGGGUUGUAGGGCGGCCUGCUGGUCUACGCAGUUGCAGACCAGUAGCAAAACCAGGUGGUUUAAGUGACACCCAGCUGGACCACUUUGCAUAGACUAGCAGGCUACCUUUGUUGGUGCUCAUUCACGACUCGUGCAGGCCUCGCUGUUGCCAACCCGCAAUAGAUACGGCAACAGGUGUGUCAAAAAAAGGAGCACUUUCUGAAGGAGAGAGGCAGCUGGAAGAAGAAACGGCUGCUGCCGUUAGAAGCUGCAACGGCAGACGUCCUGGGUCAAAAUCAUGGCCAGGGAGAUGCCCGCCAACUCUAAGCCACCUUCCGUGGGGAAAUCGGUUGUUUCUUUCCUCAUGCAUAAGCGUUCUCUGAUGAAGUUGCUACUCUGUAUAAAGAUUAUACAUAUGUAUGUAAAAUGCAGAUUUGUACAAGGCUUGUAAUUGUGUAAAAAAAAUACCCCGACAACCAAAUAAACACUAUACCUACUUACUAAACAGAUGCGUUUGCAGCACUGCGUUUUCCUCCUCUUCCCAGACCCAGUUUGACUCGUUUUAGCUGCUUGCUAGUCUCUGGUAUAUGGGACAUGGGUUAAACCACAGAGCCUAGGACUUGCCGAUCAGAAGGUCGGCGGUUCGAAUCCCCGUGCAGACGGGGUGAGCUCCCGUUGCUCGGUCCCUGCUCCUGCCAACCUAGCAGUUUGAAAGCAUGUCAAAGUGCAAGUAGAUAAAUGGGUACCGCUCUGGCGGGAAGGUAAACGGUGUUUCUGUGCGCUGUUCUGGUUCACCAGAAGCGGCUUAGUCAUGCUGGCCACAUGACCCAGAAGCUGUCUGUGGACAAAUGCCAGCUCCCUCGACCAAUAAAGCAAGAUGAGCGCCGCAACCCCAGAGUCGGCUACGACUGGACCUAAUGGUCAGGGGUCCCUUUACCUUUAGUCUCUGGUAUGUAAUACCAGUUCCUGGGGAGAGCACUGUUGUCCCCUCUGAGCUUCCUUUAUGCAUCUGUUCAGUCACCACGAGAACACGAUUCUGAAUUAGGGGAGUCUCCUUUGGCCUGAUCCCACAGGCGGCGUUCUCCCAAUGAGCUUGUUUGAAACGGCUUCUGCAUGUGACGGAACAAGUCAUCUGCUUUUCAUGGGAUUGACCCCGCUAUGUAUAAUAAGGCUGCCCUAAGCAGCAGCUGCUUUGAACAAUCUCUGCCUGGAGGCAGGCCUACGUGGAUUAGCCCUCCCUGCUUUUUUAAAAGUAUGCUAUCCCUUUUCUAGCAGCAGCCGGUCAGAUGCCUUAAAUAUUCCACCUUCAGUCAACGGGAUCCACUGCUUGUCUGACUCACAUGAUGUUUCAGAAUUAUUUCAGACAAGCAAAAGGUUUUUCAAAGCUGGUAAGGCCGGAGAGAAAGAUCUGGAAUGUGAUCAUCCUGCCCACACAAAGGUGGUCUUUCAAAAAUAGCUAUUUUAGAACAGCGCUGAUGGGAGCACUUCAGCUUUUCUUUCCAGGUUUGCAGUCAAAGGUUUUUAAAUUGCCCCAGACCAAACACUUACAUAGCUGCGAGUCAGCAGAUGCAAGACAAGGUUGACUGGUGGGUGCAUUUUAACACCUUAUCUCCUAGCAGUUUCUUAUUUUAUGAAACAAAUGAAAGAGAAACGAAAUACUCCAAUUCCCCAAACCCAGAGCAAAAAGAAAACCUUUUGUGUUUGAAAUCAAUCCAGCCGCCUUCUUUUUUAAUUUAAUUUUGCACCUGCCUUAAUUCUGCGCCCCCGGUUGGCGCCUCUGGCAAUGGCGGAUUUCCUCUGAUCGGGAGGAAUCCGCUCCGUGGAAAACAGGAUCUGAACCGCCACGGCGAGGCGGAGACCCAUCAAAAACCACAGGCGGGAGAAGCCUGUGGACGUGGAAUUCGGCUAUCACCUUUGCGCGCCCCCCUACUCACGGGGAAACCCUGUUUUGGGGAUCCGGAGCGACGUGGGGUGAGUGGCGCGGUGCUUUGAAUCGACUGCUUCUUUCACGGAGUGAAGCCGCAUUGCUGUUGCCGGAGAGCGCUGACUUUUUCCUGUGGACAAUUGGAUUUUAAAUAACUGCCCGUGAGUAGAACGGAAAAUUGGACUAUGAAAUUUCUUAAUUAGGCACCGAAAGCGGGAAGGUCUAAACAGGAAGUCCGCCUUCCGCUUUUGUAGAUAGAUUGAAGCAAAGACACGGCAAGCUAGAGUUUAGAAAGUCGUGUGUAAAGGAUUAAAUUUUCAUCAUUUAAAAUUACUGAACCCCCCUUGGAAGCAGGAGAAGAGGGGGGAACCUUUUUUAGACUGUUUAAACCUGCAGAAGAGAGAGUAAAGAAAGGUAAUUUUCCACCGUCUUGAACCUGGGAGCGGGGUGUCAGGACAGACGUUUUGGGGAAGUUCAUUGACUAUGGACAAACGUUUUUGACAGAUAGUUAAAAGAAGAGAAACAUAUUGACUCCAUUGUUCCCUUUCGCAUUUAAAAGGAACAAAAUAUCGACAAAAUAUCCGAAAAAGGAAAACUUUGUUGCUAGAUCUGCUUUUUUUAAAAAAAAAAAGAUGGAUACAAAUAGAAAUUGUUUCCCCUAGAGGGAGCUUGUGAAACUGUUAUUAAAGUCGAACUGGGGAGCUUUGCAGCUGUAAAGAUUAAAGAUCGUGGGACCAGACUUCGACCUUGAACAAGAAUGUGCUCAGAGGCUCUGGUGCUUGCCUUUUGCAAGACAAGUGCUUUAUUGGAACAGUUACAUGAGAAGAUGGAUUUGAUGACUGUUGCGAUCGGAAAUUUUGGACAGGCAAUGGGUACCUAUAUAGAACCCACUCAGGAAUUAAUCCAGGAAUGUGCUUCGACAGACCAGAUGAGGGAGGAGGUUGUUGCUGGACCUCGGGUGGCAGAGAUGGAGGGAGCUGUGGCCCAGCAGGAACAUGAGUUGGUGGAUUUGACGAAUGAACCUGGAAAAAGUCAGAUUUGGAGAGAUGGAGUUCUGUUUGGCUUGGAGAUGGGGGGCUGGAUGGACUCCCCUAUGCAGGGAUGUUUUGACCUUUCAAGUCUGGCUUUGGGCCGGGGGGAGCUCGGAGUUGUGGGGGCCCUUAACUUUGGAGGGACCUUGAAACAUGCCUUUAAAUACCACAUGGAUUUCAGUGUUGACUAUGGAAAAGGGGCUGACUUGUCGAGAAGGGACAAAAAUAUUGUCAAGCUGGAGUCUACCCGAGUGAAAGGAGCAGAAGACAAAGUAAAGUACAGGUAUAAACAUGAAGAAGACCUGCGGAAGGGACAUGGAAAAGACUUAAGAGCCUCGGAUAUAAGGUCACCAGGUUGAUGGACUAGAUGGAUGGGAUAGAAAGGACUGACAAAACCCGAGACCAGGAAGAAGAGACGAUGGAUGAAGAUUGGAAGAAAGUCUUAAAAAUUUAUUUAGAAAAGUAAUGUAAAAUUAAUGAGCAUUAGGAAAAUGUUGGAAUGAAAUUAUUUGGCUUUAGCAGAAAUGUUAAAAAGAAUUAUGUAAGAAUAUGUUAUGGUUAAAAGAAUUUGGUAUAAAUAAGAUUUAAGUUUUAAGUUUUAGGGUUUUUUAUGGUAAGAUAAGGUUAAAAUAGAUUAAGGUAAUUUAAUGACAGAAUAUUGUGAAAGAUGGAAAGGAUUUGCUGAGAUAAUUAACAACUAGAAUACAAAAAAGGGAGGUGUGAGGAGGUCGAUGAAAUAAGUUAAUGAAAGUUAAGGAUUUGGGAAUAUUGGAUUUGUUUUUAAAUUUUUUGUUUAUUUUUGCUUUUUGAUUUUGAUGCAUUGUGCGUUUUGUUUUUUCUUUUUGACUCUGGUUUUUAUUGAUUUGUAUUGUUUAAUUGUUACUUUUAUCUACUUUUUUCUUUCUUUUUCUCUUUCUCUUGUUUUUUCCUUCUUUUUUCUUUGUAACCUUAAAAUUCUCAAUACGUAUCAUU